AGUCUUUGUUGGACAGCGGAUCUCCAAAACAGACCGUUGGAGAUUCUGUCUGCUUGUUUUGUCAAUUUACGAAAGAAACUCUCAAAAGUAGGCUUUGAAUUACUGUUUACGAAAAGUCCACUCACCCUUAGGAAAUACAGAGAAGAGGAUGGAGCUUAACUUGGCCUCAUGAACGUGUGAAAAGCGGCUGCUUAAGCUGUUUUUCUCUAUGAAUUUCAAGUGAAUCUGGGCCAGCCGCCAUCAAGGUUUCUACAACUAUAAACAAUAAUUUGGAUAUCCAUGAUGGAUACUGUGCGGAAGCACCAGAGGAACGCCAUAGAUUAUGGUUUCUGCUACGAGAAUCUGUGUGCUUUACAGAACUUGUGUCCCUUGCCUGCAGUGACGGCAAAUCUGGAUGAACAUACUAUAGACUGUAACGCGGACCGGGUUCGACAGCCAGACUGGGCGCCCAUACUGACGGCUCUAAAGAUUAAUAAGACCUUAAAAUGUGUGGCAUUUAGAAGCUUCUGGCAGCAAACACUUUAUCCAGACACUGAACUUUCAGAGCAAAAAUUGCUGGCAUUGAAAAAGAAAACUCCUCCAAUUAGAAGUAAAGACAUGACUUAUAAGCUAUGCAGAAUUAUAAAGGAUUGCCUUAGUAAAACAGAAAGACUCAACUGCCUUAUUUUACAAGGUAUUCCAUUAAGGGAGAGAGAUCUUGCAUGUCUUGCAAAGGGCAUCACAAAAAAUAGUACAAUUCAGCACCUGUCUUUAGAGUUCUGCCAAAUUGGAGACCAUGGACUAGAGAUAUUGUCCAAUGCAAUCAAAGGAUCACAGUCAAUCACUUCUAUCAACUUCACUGGGUGUAACCUGACGUGGAGAGGGGCUGAGGAAAUCGCAAAGAUCAUCAGAUUUCAAGCUACUCGUCGGCACAGUGUUGCAUGGCAAGACAGUCUGCGUUACCGACGCCCUGAUAUGGACAGGAUGACGGGACUUAGGCGCAUUUCACUUUGCAAGAACCCUCUAGUUAGUGAUCGUGGCAUGUCGUACUUGGCUGAGGCACUAAAAGAUGAUCUAUGGGUAAAAGCUCUAGAUCUUCAGCAGUGUGGAGUGAGCACUGAGGGAGCCAUGGAGUUCCAACCAGUCCUCAAAUUCAACACCACAAUCACUGUUCUGGAUCUGCGACUCAACCCGCUCAUAGAUAGAGAUGUGUUGACUGCAAUUAUGGAGCAAAUCAUGAUGAAUGCUGGUGACAUAGAAACAGAGUUCCCGUGGAUUGUUAUAGAAGAGCCCAAGCCUGGCAGGAUACGGCAGCUGCGCAAAGGAGUCAAAAGAGAGAGGCCACGAACAGUCUCCACAGCAUACAACCGCCGAUCCGCAAAGGACGGGCCUCAACAGCCACGAUCACGAAGUGCCUCUGUCAGGUCGCCUGUGGUACGAGCAACCGUGAAAAAGACUGGAGCAGGCGUCCCCUGGAGAACUGCAGCACGCGUCGGGAGAAACCGACAUAAAUUGAAGACGACAUCUGACGACAGCUUGCCUCGUGGAAAUGUCAAGAAGAAGAAAGCCCAAGGUGUCGCGGAUUUCGUGGUGGACCCUCGGGCUGCUAGUUCUCCAGUCGAAAGCGAGGAAGAGUCGUCCUUCCCUCCGUCUAGCCGCUCCACUGACUCUGAUGUCCGCAUGAGUGGCGGGAAGUUAAAGGAGAUGAAGAUUGAGAUCGAAUUCCUACGCCGAAGAGUUGAAGAUGAGAGUCGCGCGCGGGCAUCGGCUGACUCGCGAGUACUCGAGCUUCAAGUUGAAAACAGGAGACUUCAGCAAGAGAUUCGUCUGAUCCAGGCCAGACAGUCGUCAAAUGCUCAGAAGUCCCCGAAAGCUCCGGCGACAACGGAAAUCUCGCCAUCUGCUAAUGGCGGCAAGACAGAUAGCAAAGGCGGGACGCUUCUCGAGGAUGAUCGGUUCCUAGAAAGCAUCGAGGCUUCUUUCAAGCAAUUCUACGCCUUUCUCGAUAUGCUUAAAGGACACGGGUACGGUGACCUGGUACAAAUGCUGAAAGACAAUGGAUUCCCUGUGCAACCACAACCGACAGCGACCACAAGCUCAGCCGGUACCACGCUAAGCUGACCCCCAAGUAACUUCUUCUUUCAACAUCUAUACGGACUAGACUUCUAAUAGUCUCAUUUCCAGUUCUAACGUCUAUCACGCAAUGCGCUUUAAAGACCCAGGGUCUCUUGCGUGACGCAUGGUUUCGUAUGCUAUGAAACCCUGUGCAAAUGAGAUGCUCAUCUCAGUUGUAAAAUCCACUUGAAUCGCUCAAUCCCAAUCCAUCCUAUAAUAAAAACUGCUCAAUUCUAUUUCGAAGCUAUCAAUCAAUGCAAGGAAAGUGAAAGGAAAAAUGAUGAGAGUUUUGAAUAUCCAGAAUCAAAACAACAUUGUCACGCAGGAUUUACGGACUAAAGUCCAGCGCAUUGUGUGACAAAAUCCAGAGGGACUGUGUGGGAGACAAGACAUCUAGGCGUAAUAGCCCUUGAUAUCUAUGUGUUCCUGUUUGUUGUAUGUAAGUCUCAUUUUGAUCGGUACCCCAGUAAGCCUCGGCGAAGCUCGGGUUUAAAGCUUUGGUAGAAUGAGUAUUCAUAACAGGAACAGGACUCAAGCUCAGUAAUCCAGAUGCCAACACCACUUUGAGUUUUACGUAUUUACUGGUUCAGACACCGGCAUUUAGUUAAAUUGUUUUUUAAAUUAAAUUUUGCCCUUGUCAGCCGCACCUUUGUUAUUGUUUACAACCAAUAUUAUGAGAAGAAAUCUUAGAAUAACCACUUUAGGAUAAAUAGUAGCCAUAGGUAAUCGUAUGCGUUAUUUACCAAAUUCAAUGGAAAAUAUCACAUUGGCUUCCCCAAAUCAGCCGAUGGAAACGGAUUCUUUCUCACACCUGGUUCUCUUGUAGGAGGACAAAAUGGUGACUGGCAGAGACAAUUUUUUAAAGGUCGUUUUUGCGCCUCAUCGUCUAAAUGAGUAAAUAGGGGCCUUAAGCAAGGACGACGACGACGGCUGGGACAACGCGAUCGAAAAAGAUGUUUUCGCGCGUGGCGAUCAAUAAUAAUUUAAUUGCAAUGGAAUAGGCAAAACAUUAUAGCCAGAGACAUAAAAAUAAAAUAAGGAAAUUAUUUCUACAGCAGCGAACGUAAUGGAGUUUACUGCUCAAACGUCCGCGUCCUCAAUUAACCGUGAAUCUUGGAGUUUACACGUCCGUGGUUUUACGGAAAACGGCUGAAAUGUUUCAGACAGAACGCAAUUUCCACGUGCUGCUAUUAAAUUCUGAAUCAAAUUGCAUUGUUUUCUGCCGUCGGCGUCCGCGAUGUCGUUGCUUAAGGUCCCUAAUAGCUGUACUUGCUGCCCAUCGUGUGGCACUGUUUUAUUUUAUUUUAGAUAUUUGAUGAUAUGUACAUAGAUUAAAUAAUUGUUCCUUGUUGA